GAAUCUGCAGAUACUGCCCUCUCUGCCUCCGCCCUCCGUUUCCCGCAUACCAAAUACUCUUCCCGGCACGAAAGCUUAAUUUCGCCCAUCCCAUCCCAUCAUAUCUCGCCCUCCCAUUGCUUGCCCACUGACCCACCAUAUCCUAUUCUAUCGCCUCGCGCACCCGUGCUCCCCCGCCACGCUGAGGCAGGCGGUCUCUCCCCUAGAACUAUCGGCAUUUUUUCCUCCCCCAGUCGGUUCAUCCGUCCCUCCAUUAUGCCAGACACCUCUCUCCCUCAGUCCCCCCAACUAGAUCACCAGCAGCCCCAGAAGACAGCCGCAUCACUCCCAUCAUCACUUAAAGAGUCGCUCGCCGCAUCCACAUCGCCUACAUCACUCCCAUCGUCACCCACCACUGUAAAAUCCGCAUCUGGGGGCGCCGGAGGUGACGCGCCAGACCAGAAGCCAUCGCAACUUAAAAACAAGGGCAAGGCUGUGCAGGACCAAACAGAUUCGGACUCGUCCGAAGUGAAGUCCCUCAAGAGACGACCAUCGACUUCAGCCCUGUUGCUCGACCAAUACAUCACACGCGAUCAUCUACACGCGGCUGCGAUAUUCACACAGACUGAGGCUUCCAACAACCUUAUCCGCUCCAAGCGACGCGAAGUAGAUUAUUAUCAGCAGCUUAGACGCGAACGCCAGGUUAAUCCAGGCGCGGUAUUUGGGUACGGUUACCAAGGCUAUGGAAAUGGAUUCACUGAUGGAAAGUCGCGAAUUUUGUAUCCGUGUCAGCGAAAGAGGCCGGGUGGGAGGAAAGCGCGAGAACUGCGAUUAUCUCGGUCGCAGCUUCAGACGCAGGCGGAUAUGGUGGAAUCGUUGGUUCCUGUGCGACUCGAUAUCGAUUAUGAUAAGAUCAAGCUUCGGGAUACAUUUACAUGGAAUAUGCAUGACCGAUCAAUACCGCUUGAGCUCUUUGCCGAACAGUUGGUUGAGGAUUUUCACCUCCCUCUAGCCCCUGCGCUUGUACAGAUGGUGGCCAAUUCAAUUCGGGAGCAGGUUACCGAUUACCAUCCCCACGUUUUCUUUGCCGAUGAUCCGCUAGAUCCGACCCUACCCUACACAGCUUAUAAGAAUGACGAUAUGCGAGUUCUUAUUAAGCUCAAUAUUACCAUAGGGCAGCAUACGUUGGUAGAUCAGUUUGAGUGGGAUAUCAAUAAUUCGCUAAACUCGCCGGAGGAAUUUGCCCAACUUUUAACGCGCGAGCUUUCCCUAUCCGGGGAGUUUACUACAGCGAUUGCCCACUCGAUACGAGAGCAGGCUCAACUGUUCACAAAGUCUCUUUUCCUUACUGGGCAUCCCUUCGAUGGUCGGCCAGUUGAAGAUGAGGAUAUUCGAUCCGCCAUGCUUCCAUCACCUCUAUCCAACCUUUUCCGACCAGCAGGACAUGCAAAGGAGUAUACACCUCUACUGUACGAGCUUUCGGAUACCGAGAUGGACCGCGCCGAGAAAUCGCUUUCCCGUGAGGCGCGUCGUAAAAGACGGGUCAACCGGAGAGGAGGCCCAAGCUUGCCCGAUCUCAAAGAGGUGCCCAAGACACAUCGAUCGCAGAUUGUGUCUAGUGUGCUCCCGGGCGCGGUCCAGGAGGUCUCGCAACUUAAAAAGACGAUGACUUCUAAGACGGUCAGAGACGGAGAAUCUGAAGAUGAUUCAUCGGAAUCCGAUAUGGAGGAUGUGCCAAUUGAGAAGGCUAUUCCGGGUUAUGCCAACAUGACCAAGAGGCAGCGGAUAGCAGCCCAGAAUCAGCUUCGUGCUUCUACCGGUCGUUCACAGACUCCAGAGGUUGCGAGCACGCAACGGGAGCAUGGACACCACCACCGGGGCGAGCACCACCAUACUCCUAGCCAUCUUGCACGAGCCUCCACACCUCUAUUCUCACGAAGGCCGGGUGUUCCUAUGCACACUGACACCCAGUCGUCCCAAUCAUCACCAAUGCCUCCACCGCAGACCCCUACACCAGCGACAAAGGCGGCUUCGACCCCGGCCGUUUCCUCGACGCCCGCACAGCCAACUCCUACUCCAGCUCAGAGGCCGGAAGCUGGAAAUACUCCGGUACGCUCUUUAAUUGUUAUGCUCAAGAUUCCUUCAACGCGGAGGAAACCUCCAUCUCUGGAACAAAACGCAAUGGUCCCGCUGACAUGUAGUUUUUCGUUUUCCACGAAACAGCCCCCGCCAGAAUGGCUCAGUGCUGCCAUCGCCGAACUGCACGUCUUGCACCCAGCUGACCGCUUCGAAAUCAUGAUGCGAUAUACGGCUUACGACCCCUUGACCGACAACCCCUUGCCCCCGCACUCGACGAAUCCGAAUGCCAAGUACAAGUACAGUCCGCGCAUUCGCUGCCAUGAUUGCCCUGGAAAGUUGUAUACCCCUGGACCAAGUCAGUCCAUCGAGAACUUCUUGACGCAUCUGAAAAAUAGAGGCCAUAGAGAGCGUGUGGAUCAGAGGGUCAAGCUGCAGAGCAAAUCGGCAGAGCGGUCAUAAUUGGGGGGAGGUUUCUUCCCCCCAUCCCCACCUGCUAUUGUCAAUUCCUUCUUUAUUAUCUUUGUCCCUUUCUUUCCAAAUUCAAUUUCUGCUCCCUGACCGAUUACUUUUUUUUCGUUAAGAAUUUUUUCUAUUUUAUUUUAUCCCAAACCGCCCUACGGACAGAAGCACAGGCAAACGCGGGUCGCACCAGAAAACUAAUAGAUUAAAA